AUGUCAUGCCGAAUAUUCCUUCACAGCAAACGAAGGCUCACGGGUGAGGAAUCUGUACCUGGUCGAAUGCAUUGCGACUCCUCGGAUAUAUUUCAUGGUAUUGCAAGAUUAAGACUUACCUCGGAGAAACUACUAGUGAAAAUACCGUUGGAAUUGAUUCGCAUUGCAUCUUCCUCCUCCACUGUGGAGAGAAAGUUAAAAAGUCUUUACGGAGGACUCUCUUCGCCGCCGACGCGUGUGAUGGAUGAUGCGAUGCGAUGCACAGUUUGGAAAGUUCCAUGGGGUUAUGCCAUUAUGGUUAGAGGCUCCACCAAAUAA